AUGCAUUCAAAUUCAACAGCACUCACCAUCGUUGUAUCCAGCACGUCCCAUGUUGCUGUUCCACUCUACAGCGCAUUCUGUGCUGCAGCUGGUUUGCAGGUACACCAAUUGUCCGUACAGGCAAGUUCACCCCAUUAUGACUUGUACCAGCCGGAGAUGCCCAACGAGUUCAAUGCAGGAUUAUUGCUGAUACGAAUGAGGCGUUGCCUUGAUCUUUUACGCCGCAACGGAAUGCUCCGCACUAGUGAUACGCACGGUCAGGUCGUGACCUGUUUUGACCCCGACCUGACCCCGACCUGA